GAGUUAAGCGCCGCCCGCGCCGAGAGGGCUGAACCCGGAGCCGCCGCUCCGAGCUCGCAUUCGGAUCCGCUAGAGCAGGAAGAUGGCGACGGACGGCGCGAGCUGCGAGCCCGACUUCUCCCGUGCCCCAGAGGACGCGGCGGGGGCCACGGCGGAGGCGGCGAAAAAAGAGUUUGAUGUGGACACCCUCAGUAAAUCAGAGCUUCGAAUGCUCCUCAGCGUGAUGGAAGGGGAGCUGGAGGCCAGAGACCUGGUCAUCGAGGCCCUGCGGGCCCGCAGGAAGGAGGUAUUUAUCCAGGAACGGUAUGGGAGAUUUAAUUUGAAUGACCCAUUCUUGGCACUGCAGAGAGACUAUGAGGCAGGUGCCGGCGAUAAAGAGAAGAAGCCAGUUUGUACCAACCCCCUCUCCAUCCUUGAAGCAGUCAUGGCCCACUGCAGAAAGAUGCAAGAAAGGAUGUCCACGCAGCUGGCUGCUGCUGAAAGCAGACAAAAGAAGCUGGAGACAGAGAAGCUUCAGCUGCAAGCCCUUGAGCAGGAGCACAAGCAGCUGGAGGCCCGCCUGGAGGAAGAGCGUGGCAAGAACAAGCACGUGGUCCUGAUGCUGGUCAAGGAGUGCAAACAGCUCUCGGGCAAAGUCCUAGAGGAGGCCCAGAAGCUAGAAGACGUGAUGGCCAAACUGGAGGAGGAAAAGAAAAAGACGAGUGCAUUAGAAGAGGAGCUCUCCACUGAGAAACAAAGGAGCACAGAAAUGGAAGCUCAGAUGGAGAAACAACUCUCUGAGUUUGACACCGAACGGGAACAGCUCCGUGCUAAACUGCACCGAGAAGAAGCGCACACCACUGACCUCAAAGAGGAGAUAGACAAGAUGAAGAAAAUGAUUGAGCAACUGAAAAGGGGAAAUGACAGCAAACCAAGCCUCUCUCUCCCGCGAAAGACGAAAGAUAGGCGUUUGGUCUCCAUAUCUGUGGGAACAGAAGGACCUGUGACAAGGUCUGUUGCUUGCCAGACCGACCUACCGAUAGAAAGCACUGACCACGUGAAGAAGUUGCCUUUGACCAUGCCUGUGAAGCCCCCCACAGGGAGCCCCCUAGUUUCUGCAAACACAAAAGGAAAUGUGUGCACCAGCGCCGCACUGGGCAGACCAGGAACCGACAGGCAGCCUUCCCAUGGUGACUUGACUGGCUCCUCUCUGCCUACUGUCCCACCUCCAAGUGCAAACAGAGUGGAGGAGAACGGACCGAGCACUGGCUCGCCAAGUAGCACCACCCCACUUCCCAACAGCACUGCCCCUCCCCCCAUGCAAACGCCAGGCAUAGCUCCCCAGAGCUACUCACAAGCACCACCUACGCACAGUUUACACUCACCGUGUGCCAAUGCAGCUUUGCAUCCAGGUCUGAACCCACGAAUCCAAGCAGCUAGAUUUCGAUUUCAGGGCAAUGCCAAUGACCCGGACCAAAAUGGAAAUACUACCCAAAGUCCUCCAUCCAGAGAUGUCUCUCCGACAAGUCGUGACAACCUAGUGGCCAAACAACUAGCUCGGAAUACUGUGACCCAAGCACUGUCAAGAUUUACGAGCCCUCAAGCAGGAGCACCCCCAAGGCCUGGGGUGCCCCCUACGGGGGACGUUGGCACCUGCGCUCCCGUCAGUCGGACCAGUUUAAAGACUCCUGGUGUAGCACGAGUUGACAGAGGAAACCCUCCUCCUAUCCCUCCAAAAAAGCCAGGGCUCUCCCAAACUCCUUCUCCACCACACCCCCAACUCAAGGUUAUUAUGGAUAGCAGCAGGGCCUCCAACGCAGGGGCCAAAGGUGAUAACAAAACUAUGGCUUCGCCUCCUUCCACUUUGCCACAAGGGAACAGGGUAAUAAAUGAGGAGAAUCUCCCUAAAUCAUCUUCCCCUCAGCUGCCACCAAAACCAUCCAUAGAUUUAACUGUGGCACCAGCAGGCUGUGCCGUUUCAGCCCUGGCCACGUCUCAGGUGGGUGCCUGGCCUGCUGAAACCCCUGGACUGAACCAACCUGCAUGUUCAGAAAGUUCCCUUGUCAUUCCCACCACCAUUGCCUUUUGCUCUUCCAUAAACCCUGUUAGUGCCUCAUCCUGUAGAACAGGUGCCUCAGACAGCCUCCUGGUAACAGCAUCAGGCUGGUCACCCUCCCUAACCCCUUUGCUAAUGAGUGGUGGUCCUGCCCCCCUGGCUGGCAGGCCCACCCUUCUUCAGCAAGCUGCUGCCCAGGGAAAUGUCACUUUAUUAUCAAUGCUGCUUAAUGAAGAAGGACUGGACAUUAAUUACUCCUGUGAAGAUGGCCAUUCUGCCUUGUAUUCUGCUGCUAAGAAUGGACAUACAGACUGUGUGAGAUUGCUGCUGAAUGCAGAAGCCCAAGUCAAUGCUGCUGAUAAAAAUGGCUUCACACCCUUGUGUGCUGCAGCUGCUCAGGGACAUUUCAAGUGUGUAGAAUUAUUAAUUGCAUACAACGCCAACAUUAAUCAUGCUGCUGAUGAAGGACAGACACCUCUAUACCUGGCUUGUAAAAAUGGAAAUAAGGAGUGUAUCAAACACUUACUGGAAGCCGGAACUGACCGAAGUGUAAAAACCAGAGAUGGCUGGACACCAGUUCAUGCAGCUGUGGACACUGGUAAUGUGGACAGCCUCAAGCUUCUUAUGUACCAUAGAGCACCAGCUCGCGGAAACUCUUCGCAUGAGGAGGAACCCGAGUCAGGUGUCUUUGACUUGGAUCAAGGAGAAGAGAGUCCCGAAGGCACAUCCAAGCCGGUUGUUCCUGCAGACCUCAUUAACCAUGCUGACGGAGAAGGCUGGACCGCUGCCCAUAUUGCUGCCUCAAAAGGUUUUAAGGUGUGUCUGUGUGAACAGAAAGAGUUUCUUAGUGAAACUGGGUUGUGUCAUGUGACCUUUGACAUGUCAGCUUGUCUCAUCCCCGUGAAACAGUCUCCCGUGAACAAGAAAGUCAUUAUCAUCUUAGAGAAUUUGGAAAAAUCUUCAUUGUCUGAGUUACUGGGGGACUUUCUGGCACCUUUGGAAAACCGCAGCACCGAAAGCCCCUGGACUUUGCAAAAAGGAAAUGGACCAUCUGAAUGUUACUACUUUCACGAGAACUGCUUUCUGAUGGGAACCGUUACCAAGGCCUGCCUCCAGGGCGCCGACUUGCUGGUGCAGCAGCAUUUCCGCUGGGUUCAGCUGCGGUGGGACAGCGAGCCCAUGCAGGGACUGCUGCGGAGGUUCUUACAGAGGAAAGCAGUCAGUAAGUUCAGAGGUCAGGUGCCCUCCCCCUGUGAUCCUGUGUGCAAGACCGUCGACUGGGCCCUGGCCGUCUGGCGCCAGCUCAACUCCUGCCUGGCCCGCUUGGGCACACCUGAAGCACUUCUCGGGCCAAAGUAUUUCCUGUCUUGUCCUGUAGUCCCAGGACAUGCCCAAGCGACAGUGAAGUGGAUGGCUAAGCUGUGGAAUGCUAUCAUUGCACCCAGAGUUCAAGAAGCAAUAUUGUCAAGAGCCUCUGUGAGAAGACAGCCGGGCCUGGGGCUGACAACUGCUAGAAACCACCCAAGCCAAGGACAGCAGGCUGUGGUUAAAGCUGCUCUCAGCAUCUUGCUCAAUAAAGCCGUGCUGCAUGGCUGUCCCCUCCAGAGAGCAGAGCUGGACCAGCACACAGCUGAUUUCAAAGGAGGAGGUUUCCCAUUAUCUAUAGUCUCAAGUUACAACAGUUGUAGCAAGAAGAAAGGAGAGAGUGGUGCCUGGAGAAAAGUGAGCACCAGUCCUCGCAAGAAGUCUGGCCGCUUCUCUCCUCCGUCCUGGAGUAAGCCGGGCCUGAGCGAGGAAGGUAUCAAAAUUAAAGCUGUAUCUCAGCUGAAUUAUAACAGGAAUGCCUCUCUGUCAAAACAAAAGUCUUUAGAGAACGAUUUAUCAUUGACAUUGAAUUUGGAACAAAGACUGUCUCUGGGUUCAGAUGAUGAAGCAGACCUUGUCAAGGAACUUCAGAGUAUGUGCUCUAGCAAAUCUGAAUCUGAUAUAAGCAAGAUUGCUGAUUCCAGGGAUGAUUUAAGGAGGUUUGAUAGUUCAGGAAACAACCCUGCCUUUUCAGCAACUGUUAAUCCAAGAAUGCCAGUGUCACCGAAGGGGGUCAGUCCUCUCAGCAGCCAUCAACCGGCCGAAUGCAGCAACAGUCCAUCAAAGACUGAGUUGGGUGUUUCAAGAGUUAAGUCUUUUCUUCCUGUUCCUAGAAGUAAAGUCACCCAGUGUUCCCAGAACACCAAAAGCAGCAGCAGAAAUACAAGGCAAAUAGAAAUCAACAACAACUCAAAAGAAGAGAUUUGAAACUUCCACAAAAACGAACAAGUAGGAAAACUAAACAAAUAGGCCUGCCUACAAUAGUCUCACUCUCAACUUCUAUAUAUUUCACACACAAACCAAGGACAACAAGAUGUAAAUACCUUAAAAUGAAGGCAAUGUUUUCACUGUAAUAUAAAGUAUGAGUGCGGGACCACUAUUCAAUUUUUUUGUAAAGAAUGUAUUUAUAACCAACAUUUUGUUGCUUUUUUUUUUUUCUUUCCAAUUCUGUAGGAUUGAACUUCAAUACCAAGAGGUGAUGCCAACUUUUCAAGUAGUUUUAUAAUAGAAAUAUUGUAAUAGUUUUAAUCAACAUGUUCAGGGGUAUUAGAACUGUCAGUGUACUGUAUAUCUAUAUAUAUAUAUAUCUCUGUAUAUUUAAGAAAGUCCAUGAAGCAUAUUGCGUACAUGUUAUAAAAUGUACAACAUUGACUUUUAAAUAGAGAUAACUUUAUGUUCACUUGAAUGACUAGAAUGGGGCAAUAACAAAUCAUUUCUAAACAGUUACUUUCCAUUAAAAGCCAUAUUAAGUAUUUUGCCUGUUAAAUUCUAGUUUUACAUUUUAAAUCUUUUAAUGGUUACAUUGCUGAUUGGUUGCAUUAUGUAUAUUUAUGCUUAUCAGAGUUUGCAUUAUGACUCCAGAAAAUAUGAAAUUAUAUAAUGCAAUAAAAGUGUUAUCUUUCUUACAAAAGUUUUGUACCUAAGUGAAUAUAACUGCAAAUGCUUCAAUAAAUUAAUUUAGUUAACUCCCUCUUCGAUUUAAUUCUAGUAGCACAACUGAUUGAUAAAAGUUGAUAUUUUCUGGAAGUGUUUCUUCAAAAAUUACUAAUGAAAUGACAUAUACAACUCAAAGUUAAAAUGCUUUGACAUCAAUAAAAUAUUGAAUU